AUGGAAGAAAAUGCUCGCCGAGACGCAGAGCGUCCAGGGGACUCGGGAGAGGAGUCCAACCCGGCCAUCGUGCCUCUCCUCCAGCCACCUGGCAACCAGCAGUCCCACAGGAUCACCAACUUCUACAUCGACAACAUUUUGAGACCAGACUUCGGCCGAAAGAGGAAGGAUGGAAGGACUUUGGUUCGGGAGGGAGACGGUCUGGGAGUGAUCAUACGAAGAGAGGAGCUGACAGGGAGAAAGGCUUCCAAAACUGGCAGCCCUCAGCUGGGUGGAGCAGGAGGAGAGAAUGAGGACUCGGAAGCGUCCGACGACCAGCAUCUGGACUCUGAGGCCGGGAGGCCUGACCUGAUAGCCGGUGAUGUGGCAGUGAAGGACCGUGGGGACGACGAGGACCGCUGCCGCAGCCCUCAGGCCAGCACGGCCCCGGCAGCCAAGCCGAUGCUGUGGCCAGCCUGGGUUUAUUGUACCCGCUACUCAGACCGCCCGUCAUCAGGGCCCAGAUCCCGCAAACCAAAGAAAGCGCCGAUCCCGACUAAAGAGGACAAGCGGCCCCGGACAGCCUUCACCGCGGAGCAGCUCCACCGGUUAAAAACUGAGUUCCAGAACAACCGGUACCUGACUGAGCAGCGGAGGCAGAGCCUGGCCCGGGAACUUGGCCUCAACGAGUCUCAAAUCAAAAUCUGGUUUCAGAACAAACGGGCCAAAAUCAAGAAAGCCACCGGGAAUAAAAACUCUCUGGCGCUGCAUCUGAUGGCGCAGGGACUGUACAACCACUCCACGGCGAAGGACGGGAAGUCGGACAGCGACUAG